CAAAGUUCCUUUUCUCCCUCUCCCUCUCCCUCUUCCUCUCCGAUACAGGAGGCACAGAUACAUGUAAAUCGGGAGUUCUGUGGUUGCAGAAACCCUAACAUUGUGAGAUUCUGAUCUGAAGGAGAAAUGUCGUCUAAGGGGAAGGGGAAGGCGGUGGCUUCCGGCAAGCGGAAAAACAUCAGUAGCGGCGAAGAGACUGGUCGGAAGCGGAAGAACCGAGGCGUCCUCCAGUUCUUCGAAGAUACUGCCGAUAUCGGCGACACCGAUGACAGCGAAGACAGUGAUUUUCGAGAUGAUUUUAUGGAAGAAGAACCAAAGCUUAAGGUUAAGAGUGAACCUGGAAAAGUCCAUAACCUUCCAUUUUAUCCCAAGGAAGAGGUGAUAGAUGAGGAAGAGUUUGAUAAGCUGAUGGAAGAAAGAUACAAGGAUGGUGCGGGGUUUGUUAAAUAUGCAGAAGAUUCUUAUGAGGACAAGCAAUCGAUUGAAAGGAAUUCUUUAAUGCCUUCUGCAAGGGAUCCCACAAUAUGGAAAGUUAAAUGUUCUAUUGGACGUGAGAGGCAUUCAGCUUUCUGUCUCAUGCAGAAGUUUGUAGACUUGAAAUCCUUAGGCAACAAAAUGCAGAUAAUGUCUGCCUUUGCUGUUGAUCACAUCAAGGGUUUUAUUUAUGUUGAAGCUGAUAGGGAAUGUGAUAUUGUGGAGGCAUGUAGAAGUCUCUGUAAUAUAUAUUCUUCUCGAUUGGCACCGGUUCCUAAAAAUGAAGUUACUCAUUUGCUGUCUGUGCGGAGUAAACAAAGCGAUGUUUCUAAGGGUAUGUGGGUUCGUGUGAAGAGUGGAAAGUAUAAAGGGGACUUAGCAGAGGUUGUGGCAGUCAACCAGGAUCGAAGAAAAGCAACAGUUAAACUUGUGCCAAGAAUUGAUCUACAAGCAUUGGCUGGAAAAUUUGGUGGUGGGAUUUCGAUGAAGAAAGCUGAAACCCCAGCUCCAAGAUUGAUUACUUCUAGUGAACUUGAGGAGUUUCAGCCUCUCAUUCAACGUAAACGAGAUCGUGAAACUGGCAUGGAAUUUGAUUUUCUUGAUCGUCUGAUGCUCAAGAAUGGUUUUCUAUACAAAAGAGUACCUAUUGAUUCAUUAAGCUUCUGGGGCAUUAUUCCUUCUGAAGAGGAGCUCUUGAAGUUUACAUCUUCUGAAAAUAAUGAAUCUGAUGAUGUAGAAUGGCUUUCGCAGCUCUAUAGUGAAAGAAAGAAAAAAAGGACUCUGAAAUUAGAGGAAGGAGGUGAAAAAGGAGAGGGUUCAUCAGGUUCUAACUUGGAGAAUAGUUUUGAACUUCAUGAUCUUGUGUGUUUUGGCCGGUCUGGGAAAGAUUUUGGUCUUAUUGUUGCCAUGGAAAAAGAUGAUUGCUACAAGAUCUUAAAAGAGGGUUUAGAAGGACCUGUUGUGGUAAAUGUUGGAAAGCACGAGCUAAAAAGUGGACCACUGGAUGUGAAGUUCAGUUCUAUGGACAAUCACAAGAAGAGCCUAUCAAUCAAUGAUACUGUCAAGGUUUUGGAAGGUCCAUAUAAGGAUAAGCAAGGGAUUAUAAAGCAAAUAUACAGAGGGGUCAUAUUUCUGUAUGAUGAGAAUGAGACAGAUAAUGGUGGUUUCUUCUGCUGCAAAUCACAAAUGUGUGAGAAAAUCAAGCCUUUUAUAGAUCCAUGCAGUGAGAAGUGUGGUGAGAAAGGUUUUUCAGGUUUUGAAGAUUUCUCGUCAUCUCCUAAAUCCCCAUUGUCACCUGAAAAGCCUUGGCAAGCAGAUGAAGUGAAAACUGAUUUCAAUCGGGGGGAAAGGGAUGGCAUGUUUUCAGUUGGUCAAACUCUACGAAUCCGAGUGGGUCCUUUGAAGGGGUACAUUUGUCGUGUCUUAGCUGUUCGUCGUUAUGAUGUUACUGUGAAGCUUGAUUCUCAGCAGAGGGUUCUCGCAGUUAAAAAUGAGCACCUUUCUGAGGUUCACAAGAAAAGCUAUGCCACACCUACAAGCGAGGACAAUGGGUCCAGUUCAUUUAAACCAUUUGAUCUGCUUGGAACUGAAGGCGGUUCUGGAGGCUGGAUGGAUAGAGCUGGAACAUCUGUAGAGGGCACUGGCUGGAAUACUGGAGAACGAUCUGGUGAAGGGAGUUCUUGGCCUAGUUUCACUGGGGCUGGUGGUUCAGCAUUUGGAGAGGAUGAAUCAAAGAAAGAUGGUGAAGAUUCUGCCUGGGACUGUAAGAAGACACCAAAUCAGAAUUCGUCUUGGGGUGCAGCAGUUGGUUCAGAUGAUAAUGGCCCAAAGAAAGGUACUGUGCAAGGUGGUGGUUGGGACUCUUGGGGCAAAAAGAAGGAUUGUGGGGAUGGUGAUGGAAUGUCUUGGGGCAAAGCUUCAGAGGUCCAAGACAAAGACACUGCUAAGGCUUUUCAGGACAAUUCUUGGGGAAAAGUCACUGAAAAUUCAAAUAGCGGCUGGGGAGAUGCUGGUGGGUCCUGGUCCAAACGGGGAGCAGAGAACAGUGAAGAACAAAGUGGCUGCUGGAACUCAGGCUCAAGGGAUACUGCUGCCAAGCAGGAGGGUAACUGGGGAAAAAAAGGCAACAUGGAUGCUGGACCAAGUGAUGCUGCUAGAAAUGAAGAGUCAGCAUGGGGUAGCAAAAGCAGUUUGAAGUCUGGAGCCAAUGACGUAAAGACAGGAUCUGACUGGGGCAAGAAAAACAGUUGGAACUCUGAAUGUGAUGGAGCAAAGCAAGGUAGUACUUGGGGCAAGAAAGAAGGGAAUGCAGGAUCUGGCAACACAAACCAAGACUCUAGUUGGAGCAAGAAAAGGGACUGGAACUCAGGAUCUGGUGGUGCGGGCUUGGAUUCCAGUUGGGGAAAGAAGAAUGAUGUUGACCAGAAUUCUUCUUGGGGCAAGAAAAACAGUUCCAGUUCUGAAUUUGGUGGUGCCAACCAAGAAUCUAGUUGGAGCAAGAAAAAUGAUGCAAACCAGGAUUCCAGCUGGGGCAAGAAAAGAGACUGGAACUCAGGAUCUGGUGGUGCUGGUGAGAAUUCUGGUUGGGGAAAGAAAAAUGUUGACGAGAAUUCUUCUUGGGGCAAGAAAAACAGUUCGAAUUCUGAUUUUGGUGGUGCCAACCAAGAAUCUAGUUGGAGCAAGAAAACUGAUAGGAACUCGGGAUCUGGUGAUGCAAACCAGGAUUCCGGCUGGGGCAAGAAAAGAGACUGGAACUCAGGAUCUGGUGGUGCUGGUGAGAGUUCUGGUUGGGGAAGGAAAAAUGCUGUUGAUGAGAAUUCUGGUUGGGGCAAGAAAAACAGUUCAAACUCUGAAUCUGGUGGUGCAGACCAAGAAUCUGCUUGGGGCAAGAAAAAUGAUUGGAGUUCAGGAUCUGGUGAUGCAAACAAGAAUUCUAGUUGGGGAAAGAAAAGUGAUAUGAUGUCAGGAUCUGGAUAUGCAAAUCAGGACUCUGCUUGGGGGACAAAAGGCAGUUGGAACUCUGGGUCUGAUAGUUCAAGCAAAGAUUCUGGUUGGGCCAAUAAGAGUAACUGGGGAUCUGGUGAUACAAACCAGGAUGCCAGUUGGGGCAAAAAACGCAACUGGAAUUCUGGAAAUGAAAACGACCAAACUGAUGCUUCCAGUAACAAGGGAAGUGGUGGAAGUUGGAGAGGAGGUUUUGGAAGUGAAGAUGGGUCAGACAGGGGGGGCUUUAGAGGCAGAGGAAAUUCUGACAGAGGUGGUUUUCGAGGUAGAGGUAGAUUUGACAGAGGAGGUUUUGGAGGGCGGGGUAGUGAUAGAGGAGGGUUUGGAGGUAGAGGUAGUGAUAGGGGUGGCUUUAGAGGUAGAGGUGGGGAUAGAGGUAGCUUUGGAGGUAGAGGCCGUGGAAGGAGGGAUCAAGGUGGUGGUUCUGGUGAAGACAGGUCAUUCAGCUGGAACAAAGGGGAGAACAGUGGUGAUGGCUGGAAAAGUAAUGGUGGAGGUAAGUGGAACCAAGGAGGCAGCGACAAUAGCCAGCGGAAGAGUUGGCAGUCUGGAAAUGAUGCAACUACAGACCAGGGAUCUGCUUGGGCUAAAAAUUCAGCUGGUGGAUGGAACAGGGAAGGUACAAGCAGCAAACAAGCUAGUACUUGGAAUAGCCAAGGAUCAUCUGGUUGGGGAAAGGAUGCUGGUGAUGGUAAAGAUACUGCUGGUGGAUGGAACAGUGGAGGUGGCUCAACAAACAGCAAACAAGCUAGUACUUGGAAUAGCCAAGGAUCAUCUGGUUGGGGAAAGGAUGCUGGUGAUGGUAAAGAUACUGCUGGUGGAUGGAGCAGUGGAGGUGGCUCAACAAACAGCAAACAAGCUAGUACGUGGAAUAGCCAAGGAUCAUCUGGUCAGGGAAAGGAUGCUGGUGAUAGUAAAGAUCCUGCUGGUGGCUGGAACAGUGGAGGUGGCUCAACAAGCAGCAAACAAGCUAGUACCUGGAAUAGCCGAGGAUCAUCUGGUUGGGGAAAGGAUGCUGGUGAUAGAAAAGAUCCUGCUGGUGGCUGGAACAGUGGAGGUGGCACAACUAGCGGCGAACAAGCUAGUGGUUGGAAUAGUCAAGGAUCAUCUGGUCAGGGAAAGGAUGGUGGUGAUAAUAAAGAUCCUGUGGGUGGCUGGAACAGUGGAGGUGGCAUAACUAGCAGCAAACAAGCUAGUGGUUGGAAUGGUCAAGGAUCAUCUGGUUGGGGAAAGGGUGGUGGUGAUGGUAAAGAUCCUGCUGGUGGCUGGAACUAACUCAGUGGAAACAAAUGGAUAAUAAUGUAGAUAACCUUUCUGCUUUUUGCACAGUUAAGGUGGGAUUAGAACCUUGGUGCCAUUGCUAUCGAAGCAAAUGAUUAAUGAUCCAUGGAUUUUGAGACAUUAUGUAGAUGAACAAAACAUCUUUGUUUCGAGGCAGUAUGUCUGCAGUAGUUAAGCAGGCAUGGCAUGCCCUUAAGUAGUAGUUGUUAUCUGUUAUUUUGGCUUUGUCCUAACUGACCUUGUUUAGAACAUCUUUAUGUCGGUUUUCAUUAUGUUUCUUUCUAGUCAUUGUUGUUACCCAUUCUGUUUGAUGGCACAAGGCCAACGGCCCUGUGACUGUGAGCUU